ACAGACGUCAGACAGCACGUCUGAAGCUAUGCCCCACUUCAGCGUUGCGAGCUGAGGUGCUGUGGUGCCUGGGAACAGCAACGAAACACCACUCAUACAGCUCCAAUGAGGGGAUAGGAGAGCGCUUCAAGAACAUGUUUACGGAUUCAGAGAUAGCAAAAAACUUUGCGUGUGGCAAGGACAAGACGAGCUACAUCAUCAAGUUUGGUUUAGCGCCAUACUUUAAGAAGAAACUCAUUGCAAGUGUAAACAAAGCUGGACCGUUCAUCCUCAUGUUUGAUGAAAGUAUUAAUACAUGUUCAAAAAAAAACAGAUGGACAUACACGUUCGGUAUUUGGAGGAUGGCUGUGUGACAUCAAGGUAUUUUGGUUCUGAAUUCCUGGGACAUGUGAGGGCAGAAGACCUGUUGCAGCACAUCAAAGAAUGUGUUGCACAACUGAACAUGAGGCAACUUCUGUCGGUCGGAAUGGAUGGCCCAAAUGUAAAUUUUAAGCUGAUGGAUCUCCUUCAAAAGGAGCACGCUGAGCUACAUGGAGGUGCUCAAGUCAUCAAUGUUGGCAGCUGUGGACUGCAUACCCUCCACAACGCAAUGAAGGCAGGCUUCACAGCAUGACAGCUUGAAAAACUCCUGCGAGGGAUGCAUUUUCUAUUCCACAAUGUUCCUGCCCGGAGAGAGGACUUCACCAACCUUACCAGGUCCUCUUGCUUUCCCCUUCCUUUCUGUGGCCAUAGAUGGAUCGAAAAUGUUCCAGUGGCAGAGAGAGCAAUAGCAGUUUGGCCCAUGCUUCAAAUGUACGUGGAUGCUGCAGAGAAGAAGGUCCAAAAACCCAACACGGCCUCAUACGACACCAUCUUGGCAGCACAAGGGGACCCUCUUAUUAUCCCGAAACUGCAGUUCUUUCUUGCCAUAUCAAGAAGCUUUAACCCCUUCUUAACCAGAUACCAAACGGACGAGCCAGUGUUGCCAUUUUUGGCCAAAGAUUUGACCGAGCUCUUGAUGAGUUUACUGCGGCGGUUUGUGAAACGGGAGAUCCUACAGGACCGAACCCCCCGGCAGCUGACCCAAAUUGAGGUGUCUGAGGAGAAGAACUGGGUCUCCCUUAGAAAUCUUGACAUAGGCCUGGGUGCUGAGUGUGCCAUCAAGGUGAUGUCAUCAUUCAGCAGUUCACGUCCUUACUCUCUGUUGAGGGCAGAGAUGAAGAAUUUGUGUCCUUUCAACCACUGAAGCAGCGUCUGGAUGUCUUUCUGCACUCCAAACUCAGCACGUCCCACCCUGAGCUGCUAAGGUUCUGCCAAAGUGUUCUCCUCCUCUCCCAUGGACAAGCCACCGUAGAGAGGGGCUUCUCAGUUAACAAGGAGGUGGAAACGUGUAACCUUCUUGAUGAAUCUCUUGAAGCACUGAGAUUAAUUUGUGAUGAGGUCAGCGGCUGUGGUGGCAUUCUCAAAGUGCCUGUGACCAAGGAGCUCCUGGCCUCUGCUGCUUCAGCAAGGUCACAGUACAGGCUAUACCUGGAGCAUGAACGAAAAAAGAAAGAGAGUGCUGCACAAGGACUCAAGAGGAAAGCAGCGGAGGAUGAGCUUGAGGACCUCCGGAACAAGCGCCGGGUACUCAGCAGUGUGACUGAGUCACUCCAAAUAGACGCAGACAAGUUAGCUGACAUGGCUGAGGGAAAGGCAGGAACGAAGAUGGCCGAGCUAAUCACAAAGUCUAACACUCUUCGCAGAAGAUUCAAAGACAAAAAAGCUGAACUGCUACAAAUGGACAAAAUAAUAGAGGAAAAGGCCACACAGUUGAGGCACUUGUAACUCACUCUCUCUCUCUCUCUCUCUCUCACUCUCACUCUCACACUCACACUCACACUCACACUCACACACACACACACACACACACACACACACACACACACGGAUAACCGUACACGUGGAAUCAGUAAUAGGAAAACAUACUUUUUUUCUUUUUCUGUUAGAAAAUUGUGUUACUCUGUUAAUAUUUUGGUGUUUGAUUGCAGUUGUUGUACAAUUUUAUCAAAUUGAUGGUUAGUUAUUGUGUUGCUUGGCAACAGUUACGUAUUCCACAUAUGCAGAAGUUAUGACCUAUAUGUCAGUUGAGAUUAAUAGCAUGUUUGUCACAGCAGUGUGAAUGGUCCGUCCUAUGACAAAGGUUCAGACAUCCUGGAGACACUGUCAGGUUUAAAUCAAAGGCUACAGAUUUUAGCUUUACAUCCAAUAAGGGAUGAUUAUUUUCUCAAAGGUCAUGUUUCCUCAUCAGUGUCAGAUAUUGGAACUGUUAAGCUGGCAGCUAAGGAAGCUCUUCAUAACCCUCUAGUUUCUCCUUUCCUCGUCUCCUCAUCCAGGCUGAGAUUCUCAGUGUCCUGAGUCACAGGAACAUCAUUCAGUUUUAUGGAGCUUUGCGGGAAUCUCCCCCUCUCAAUUCAUCUCUGAUUUUAUCUCAGUGUUGGACAGUUUUUCUCUCUCUG